GUUAGUGUCGGAGGCUGCGGAGACUCAGCGGUGGGAGCCGGACGGAGACGGGCUGGGUCUGAAGGUUCUCAGGAGUCGAUCCGAGUCCACAUUUCAGUUUUUUUGUUUUUGUUUUCGGUGUUAAAGCGGCGGCGCGUUGCGUGGAAAGCGGCCAUGUCGGUGAAUAUGGACGAACUCAGGCAUCAGGUGAUGAUCAACCAGUUUGUUUUGACGGCCGGCUGCGCCGCGGAUCAGGCGAAGCAGCUCCUCCAGGCGGCCCACUGGCAGUUCGAGACGGCUUUAAGCUCCUUCUUCCAGGAGGCGAACAUCCCCAGUCACCACCACCAGAUGAUGUGUACUCCCAGAAACACUCCCGCCACGCCGCCAAACUUCCCUGACGCCAUCACCAUGUUCUCCAAGCUGCGUGCGUCCGAGUGUGGCCCCGGCACCGGCGGCGGCCCCUCCCAGGCGUCCAUGGCCUGCUCCCCGCCGGUCCCCUCCUCCACGCCGGGCUUCGGCUCCUUCUGGGCCUCGUCGCCGCCCAGCCACCAGCCGGCCUGGCUGCCCCCGUCGUCGCCCACCGGCCACCACAUGCACCACCACCACUACCACAUGCAACAGACUCCCAUGUGGCCGCCCGUCUCUCAGCCCAGCGGCGCCCAGCAGCCCCCCGUCGUAUCGGCGCUCCACGGCCAGAGAUGAGACUGAGCGGCGGGAUGAGGGGAGGGAGGGAGGUUCACCUGUAGCCAAAUGAAUCUGUUUUUGGAGCAGGAGGGUGGGGGUGGGGGGUGGGGGGGCUCAUGUGUGGAACGAGAGGAAGAACUCGUUUGGAAAAAGACAAACUCUGCUGUUUCCUUCUUGUUUCUCUGAAGACGAGCUGUUUGACACUUUUCCUCUCCGUCUUCAUCACGUCAUCAUCCAAGCCGAGGAAGAACCCGGAGGAGAAAGGCUGGACUGAACACAAAACACUUUGUUUGGGGUGGGGGGGGGUAAAUCAAUGCAACCAAGUGCAGGACCCAUCAGAGCACUUACCGAGGAUAGGAGCCAUGAGAUCUGCUGAAGUGCUCUGUGAUUUUUAUUCUUUAGAGACGACUCUUUCGUAGGGUUCAGAGAGAAUCUGGCAAUAACCAGCAGAUAAACAGAGGGACCACAGGUUAGUGUGGAGGAUGGGGACAGGGAGGGGGGGUGAUGUGCAGCCAUAGAGUUUCACUUACAGCUUCUCAGAGUGAAACUUAACUGUGGCUGUGCAGUUUCUCCAGUUUGUGCCUCGUGUGAUCUUUACACCUGAAUCACAGAGAAAAGCUUCUGAUUUCCUGACAGAUAUGAACAGUUAGUGCUGCUCUGAGGUGAACGACCAGAAACUAAACCCACUUAUUUCUCUAUUUUAAUGUGACAAUGAAUGAAUUUAACAUUGUUUUCUAAGGAGUUUACAAGAACUGAGAAAUUAAAGAUACUUAUUCUUCCACAGUCAGAGCUUUUAAUAAUCGAAUGUCGUCGUCUUCAGGCUUUGGAGACAAAGACAACGUAAAAACCUCUGAAGGAAACGAGCAUUCUUCUUAUUUAACCUUUUAACUCUUCAAUCAGGAAACUUUAAAGCUUUUUAUUUUUCACCUACAGCACAGGCUGUUUUCCUCCUGAAUGUUUCUGAAUCAUCAUUUUAACGAGAUGUUUUCAAACCAUUUUUCUUCUUGAACAAAACUUUUCAGACUUUUUUUUUUUGGCGUUUAACAGACGACAGAUUCAAAGUGAAACUCCUGACCUGAGUAAUUUGUUAGAACAUGUUUGUACAGAUGUGUCUUCUCUGGCAGCCAUCUUAGUCACAACAUGAGAUUUCUGGAAAACCCGGAAGCUUCUCUGUGUGAUUCCGGUGGAACACACGGUGGAUGAGGAGUAAAGUCAAGUUGUGAUGGAGUUUGGUGAAGUUUGCAAUAAGACGAAGAGCUGCCACGUUUAUUAUGUCGUUUCUGUUUUGACUGUAAAAGAAGAGACUUUUUUUUAGCGUUGGCUCGUCGUCGCCGAGCUGCAGAUUCAGCUGGAGGAACGUUUUUCAUUCUCCUGAUUGCUGGAGCGACGACUCGGGGCCAGAGACCUCGCUGAUUGAUUUCCUGUCCACUUUUAAUAAUGAGAGGCAGUUGUAAAUAAAACCUCAGCCAAAAGAUUUCAGACGAUGACGCGCAGAUGGACUCACAGGAAAAAAAAACAAAAAAAACACACGUGAAUCUGAUUUGAGAAUAUUUUGACGUCGAUGGGCGACGAGCUGCCGGGACCUCCGCCAUGUGUGUGUGUGUGUGGAGGGUUCAGAGGGCGACUCAGUGAUUUUCCACACAACCUUUCAGACGCUCAACCACUCCUACCUCUGUCUGUGUGGAUGGGAGAGGCUCUGAAUGUAUUCACAGACAGGAUCAGAGGGUUCAAACAAGCAGAAACCCAACUACAGACUUGUCUAACGAGGGGGGGGGGGGAUCCACAACCUGCGUCUCCUCAGACCUGAUACGAGUUCAGAGUCCUGAAUGAUUGUUCAGAUCCACAGAAAUAACCUCAGACUCUCUGUUCGCUGUGUCCCAUUAACGCCACGACAUCAAAACAGUCAGCUGUUUCCUGUCUCUGUUUCUACUGUCCAGCAGCAGGUUUGUUCCUGCUCACGUUCAGUGCAGGAGUGACUGAUAUCUCAGCUGUUUCUUUUCUCUGAGCAUCCAGCAGAGUCGUCCUGCAGAACGUCUCUGUUCAUUUAGCUUCUUUAAAGGCCUGUUCCCCUGUUUUUACAAACUUCCCACCUCUCUGAACACAGGUUGUUUUCCUGUUGUUCCAGGCAGCCGUGGACUUCCUCGUGUUUUUGCACUGAACAUUAAUGCAGUUUAAGUGUUGAUUGGUUUGAAAAGUUUAGACAGCUUUUUUAAAAACAUCAGGUGUCUUUUUUAUUGUUGUUCGACCAACAGAACAGAGAAAUAUUCAGUUUACUCUCAUGAACGAGUUGAAGCAGCAACUCCCACGUUUUAAAUCUGGAACCAUGAGUUCAAACGAUUGAUUGGUUUUCUGUCGAUGGACUGAUCGAAUCUCUGAUAGAAUCUGAUAGAGACGACUGCAGACUUGAUGUUCACUGUGGUGGAUUACACACAGCUACGAGCUGAUUUUCAUACCACGCUGAAAUGACUGGACGCCUGGAACGACAGAAAAAUACCUAAAAAUUCCUGAACGGUUCAGAGGUAAUGAAACGUGUAGAAACAGCGGUAUGGUCCUUUAAAUCAGAGGCUUUUCGCUGCAGUGUUCUGUGGCCCGAGGGCAGAUUUUUCCUUUGUGGACAAGUCGAGGCGAACGUGGAGUCUGUGGGGUGGUCUUAGCUCCUGACUGGUUUGUUGUUGUGGACUGUAAUGAACCUGGCUGCAGGUCUGGAGUCUGAACGAGCUUCCUGCAGGGUGGAUUACUGGGUUUAGCUCUGAGUCUCUAACCACAUUUUAAAACAGUAAAACACAGCUGAUGUGUCACCCUGAGGAUUUUAAACUGGGUGAUGAUUUACCUCCCAUUCAAUCUUUUUUUGUUGUUGCUCUUUAUCACUUGGAUGACGGUGUUUUUUCUCAUGGACCCUCAGAUAUUCACUCUGUUCUAAUCCAUGGCUCUUUUCUAGAGAUUUCUCUCUUUGUGUUCAUUUUCCUCUGUUCAAAUUUGUAUUUAUAUGUUUAAUAAAACAAGGUAUGAUCUGCUA